GCGGAGCGGCCCCUGGCGGUGCGCGAGCGCUUCCGGGGCGCGGGGCGGCUGCGGCGGCGGCUCUGCGGCGCUGAGCGAUGGAGCAGGCGGAGGAACCGCCCGGCACCCUCUCAGGGAGCGGGAGCAGCCACGAGGUGGACAUCAUCGAGAGCCUGGCGACGUCCCUGCCGCCACCACCGCCGUCCCCGCCACCGUCUCCCGGCCUGGGCUGGCCCUGGGGGGCGGCGGCGGGCGCCCGCAAGCCCUACAAGUGCACCGAGUGCGGCAAGGCCUUCGGGCAGAGCUCGCACCUCAUGCGGCACCGGGGCACCCACACGGGCGAGAAGCCCUACAAGUGCGGCGCCUGCGCCAAGAGCUUCGCCCAGCGCUCCAACCUGCUGCAGCACCAGCGGGCCCACACCGGCGAGAAGCCCUACGCGUGCGGCGCCUGCGGCAAGCGCUUCGGCUGGAGCUCCAACCUCAGCCAGCACCGGCGUCUCCACGCCGGCCUCAAGCCCUUCCAGUGCGGCCAGUGCGGCAAGCGCUUCGGCGAGAGCGCCCGCCUGCUCGAGCACCAGCGCACCCACACCGGCGAGAAGCCCUACCGCUGCCCCGACUGCGCCAAGACCUUCGGCCGCGGCUCCCACCUCGCCCGCCACCGCCGCCUCCACGCCGCCGAGCGGGGCGCCGGCCAGAGCGCGGCCCUGGUGCUGCGCCGCGGCACCCGUGGGCUCUGAGCGCCCCACCGGGGCGGCAUGGCCGGGCCUCCCGCGGGAGCCGCCGGGAUGGGCUUCGGCCCUCUCGGCACCUGUUGCCGGCUUGCGGAGAGCCCACAUGGGCAAACGGACGUGGCAUCAGGGGCAAACGUGGACAUGAAGACCUGGGGAUGGUCUGUGACGUGGCCAGCGGCCACCACGACCCUUCUGCAGUAGCCACAGGGACAUGGUUCAGCUCCAUCAGCACCAUCAUUGGCUUGCAGAUGACCCACGUGGGCAAACGGACGUGGGAUCGGGGACAAAUGUGGACAUGAAGACCUGGGGAUGGUCCAUGACAUGGCCAACGGCCACCACGGCCCUUCUGCAGUAGCCACAGGGACGUGGUUCAGCUCCAUCAGCACCAUCAUUGGCUUGCAGAUGACCCACAUGGGCAAACGGACGUGGGAUCAGGGGCAAACAUGGACAUGAAGACCUGGGGAUGGUCCAUGACGUGGCCAACGGCCACCACGGCCCUUCUGCAGUAGCCACAGGGACGUGGUUCAGCUCCAUCUGCACCAUCAUUGGCUUGCAGAUGACCCAUGUGGGCAAACGGACGUGGGAUUGGGGACAAAUGUGGACAUGAAGACCUGGGGAUGGUCUGUGACGUGGCCAACGGCCACCACGGCCCUUCUGCAGUAGCCACAGGGACGUGGUUCAGCUCCAUCAGCACCAUCAUUGGCUUGCAGAUGACCCACGUGGGCAAACAGACAUGAGGUCAGGGGCAAACAUGGACACGAAGACUUGGGGAUGGUCCAUGACGUGGCCAACAGUCACCGCGGCCCUUCUGUGGUAGCCAUGGGGACGUGGCUGGCUGAACUGGCACCUGUCACUGGCUUGUGGCAAGCCCACAUGGGCAAACAGAUGUGAGAUGGGGGCAAACAUGGACACGCAGACUCGGGGAUGGUCCAUGACGUGGCCAAUGGCCACCAUGGCCCUUCUGCAGUAGCCACAGGGACGUGGUUCAGCCCCAUCAGCACCAUCGUUGGCUUGCAGACGACCCACGUGGGCAAACGGACGUCAGACCAGGGUCAUAAAGACUCUGGGAGGCUCCACAAUGUGGCCAGCAGCUACCACAGCCCUUCUGCGGUAGCCCCAGCGAUGUGGUUCGGCCCAGCUGGCCCCCAUCGGUGGCUCGUGGAGAGCCUGCGUGGACAAACAGAUGCAGGACCAGGAGAAAACAGGGAUGCAAAGACUUGGGGAGGACCUGUGGUGUGGCCAACAGCAGCCAUGGGCCUUCUGCAGGCGCCACGCAACAUGGUUUGGCCCUGUCAGUGCCUGUCGUUAGCUUGUAGAGAGCCCAUGUGGGCAAACAGACAUGAGAUCGGGGCAAACACGGACACAAAGACUUGGGGAUGGUCCAUGACGUGGCCAAUGGCCACCACAGCCCUUCUGCAGUAGCCAUGGGGACGUGGUCAAUGCCCAGCAUUGGCUUGUGGAGAGCCCACGUGGGCAAACAGAUGUAGGAUCGGGGUCAUAAACACUCUGGGAGGCUCCACAAAGUGGCCAGUGGCUACCCCGGCCCUUUUGUGGUAGCCACGGACGUGGUUGGCCCAGUUGACACCUGUCACUGGCUUGUGGAGAGCCCACAUGGGCAAACAGACGUGAGAUGGGGGCAAACAUGAACAUGCAGACUUGGGGACGGUCCAUGAUGUGGCCAGCGGCCACCACGGCCCUUCUGCGGUAGCCACAGGGAUGUGGUUCAGCCCCGUCAACGCCCAUCGUUGGCUUGUGGAGAGCCCACGGGGGCAAACAGACACAGGAUGGGGGCAGACGUGGACGCGACGUUCGGGGCUGGUCCGUGACGCGGCCAGGGGCCACCGUGGCCCUUCUGCAGUAGCCGCGGGGACGUGGUUUGGCCCCAGCAUCAGCUUGCGGAGAGGCCGCGUGGGCAAACGCGGAUGCAAAGACUCGGGGAGAGAGGGCAACGGCCACCACGGCCCUCCCGCUGUGGCCACGCGGCCGGGGAGCCCCAUUAAAGGCCGAUUCCUAAAAGCAGCGCUGAGAUGGGCUCCACCACCGGGAUUUGUAGGGGAAAAGGGGAGAAAAAAAGGGCACGAACAGGACGAACCAUUUCCUUAAAA